AUGGACGGCCAGCACGACUACAUCGCCGCCCUGCAGGACACGCUCCCGGCCAGCCUGCGCGCCGGUCUCGACGGGCUCUCUGCGGGGGCGCGCACCGUCGCGGACGGGCUCCUGCGCUUCGCGCUCGGCGGUGCAUGUCCGCCCGGCGCCCCCGACGCGCUCGCGCGCGAGUGGGCGGCGCGCCAGGCCGCCGCGCGACAGGCGCUGCAGCAGCUCCGGGUGGCGACGCCUGGGAAACGGGCGCGGGAGGACGGGGAAGAGGAGGACGGGGAAGGAGACGCUGGUGCUGGCGCGGGCGGGGCGCACGGGGCGAAACGGCUGCGGGCGGCGCCGGGUGGUGGUGCGGCACACGACGAGGCAAAGGACGGGGCAAAGGACGAAGAAGGAGAAGCGGAGGACGAAGCCGACCCGCCGCGAUACACGCUGCACGCGCUGAGCGUCGCGGCGCCGGUGCGCAAGCGGUUCGACGUGCGUGUGCACGCGCGCAGCGUGCGCCUGGUGCACCCUGGCACGCAGGCCGUCGAGCACACGUUGCCGCUCGCCGCGCUCCGCCGCGUCUUCCUCCUCCCGACGCGCGGCAAGACGCGGGGGCACUGGACGGUGCUGCUCCUGUCCGCGGACGUCCCCGCCGCUGCUGCCGCUGCACCCGCGGGGAAGAACGCGGGGAAGGGCGCGGCGCGCGACAGGGAGAAGGACGUGCAGAUCAUGUUCGGCGUCGACGCCGCGCCGACGGGUGCGUACAGCACGACGGACCACACCGUCACGGAUGCGGCGGUGCAGCACGCGCGGGGCACGCCGGUGGAGCCGUUCCUGCGCGCGUUCCUCGCGCACGUCCCGGUGGCGCUGCUGCACACGGCGGACGCGGGCGUGUUCCGGAGCGCGCUCGCGGCGGGCGGGGCGGGCGUGCAGGCGUACCGGGCGGCGAAGGAGGGCACGCUCUGGUUCUUUGACGACGGCAUCCUCUGGGACGGGCGCCCGGCCGAGUUCUGGGGCUGUGCGGACCUCGUCGGGAGUGCGAACGCGGCGGGCGAGGCUGGGACGGGUACCGAUGGCGUGCGGCUCGUGAGCGCGACGGGCAGGACGUGCUCUGUGUUUGUGAGGAGGCGCGUCGGGGGGCCGCGGCGCGGGGAUGACGGCAAGGAGGAGGCGGCGGGAGAUGAGGAAGAGGAGGAGGACGUCGAGUGCGUCGAGACGGACUUUAGCAUGGUCGACGGCCGGGAGCAGGACGGCAUCACGGCGUGGGUGAAGCGACACAAGCACCUCUUUGGCCGGCCGGCGCCCGAGGCGCAGGAUGAGGCUGCGAAUGGCGGGGAGGGCUAUGGCGUCGCGGCCAGUGGCAAGGUGGACGUCAAGGGCAAAGGCAAGGGCGUCGCUCGGCCGGACGAAGAUGACGAGGACGAGGACGACUCGGACUUUGUGGACAGCGGAGAGAGCGAUGGCGGCUCGGCGACGAGUGAUAGCGGGAGCGACGAGGAGGGGGGUGGGCAGGACGAGGCCGGGGACGAGGACGAGGACGCAGAUGGCGAAGAAAGCGAGGACGAGGAGGAUGCGGAAGCGUUGGAUCCUGCGCGACACCCGCUGCUGCGUCCAGGCGCGAUGCCAAAGAUGUCGAAGGCGGCCAUGGACGCUGCGGUGGGCAUGGUUAUGGAAGACUUUGUGGGAGGGAGUGGGAAGGGGAAGGGGAAGGGAGAAGAAGUGGAGAGUGAAGAAGACGAGCUCGAUGACUGA